GAUUGGCUGUCCCCCUUCUCGUAGCAGACUACAUGGGGGUCUUGGCAAGGAACGAGGAGGGAGGGGAUAUUUUAAUGGCCGCCAGUAGCACUACAGAAUGCUAAAAGUCCGGAUUAUGCACUGUAUUUAGACUGCUGUAGCUACGAGAGCCAUUCAGUCGCUCUUAAUCGAUGUGGACAUUUGUCCUGGAUGUGUAUUCGGGUUGGAGACGUGUUUCUGGGGCUGUUGCUGCUUCGCUUUACGGACUUUACCCGCUUCAUUUGUGCGCGGCUGGGAGAUCAGGCCUAGCCGGCUGGAAACAAGCGGACGGUUAGCUGGAUGCUGGAGUUGAAAGGGAAUAUGUAACAUAAAGCAGCCAUCAUGACAUCCAGAUUUGGUAAAACAUACAACCGUAAAGGAGGGGAGGCUAACUCCAAAUUUGAGGAGGUCUUCUCUAAUAAAAAGCCCACACUGACGACCAAAUGGGGGGAGACCACCUACAAGGCGCAGCUGGGGGCCAAAAGACCUCUGCUAAAACCUGAUGUGUCUGAGCUGGCCAAGAGGCCAAGACUUGAAGACAGUGACAGUGAAGAAGAAGACCCAUUUGGAUUUGACAGUGAUGAUGACUCCAAGACCGAGACCUCUCCCAUUGUGGUAAAGGAAGAAGUCGCUGAAGCUGAAGUGACAAAGAAGACUGCAAUGCAGGGCAUUGGGACAGUUGUAAUGUCUUCACAGGGAUCUGCCAGUUCAGCAGCCUUCGCCACAACUAAGCAAACAACUGAAGUGAAGGUUGUUAAAAAUAACCAGUCCUGGUACAAAAGUACAUCAGAUAGCAACCAAAAACCUGCAUGCAAGGCCUCUUUGUCAAACACAGCCCCCUCUGAUCGCGUCUUCUCAGUGUCCCAGAGGCCUGUUUCUGCCUCUCCUGAUAUAAACACUACCCUUAAGUUGGCCACUGAUGCACCAAGUAGUAGCAGAGACUUCCAAACCUCUACUUCACAUGAUGGAACGCAACCAGUAGAGUUAAAAAUUGAGCAGGAGCCUCCAACAGAACAAGUGGACAACAUUCCCGCUUCCCCAUUUACCCUACGGGCCUCAAACUGCAAGAAAUACCUGCGGCCCAGCAGAUCUAACAAAACGUCAUCUGACGGAGCUGAAAGCAACAGCACCGAGCCCACAGAAACAACGAGUGCCCAAGAUAAACCCAACAGUGUCCUUUCUGCUAGUGCAAGUAGUACUGCUGCCAAUACUAAACCAGCCGCCAAACCAGCCACCAAGCCUGUGGGCAGGGGCGGCGGGAGGGUACGGGACUACACGGUUCUGCACCCUUCGUGUUUGUCUGUGUGCAACGUCACCAUUCAGGAUUCAAUAGAGAGGAGUAUUGAUGAUCUGGUGACUCCAGCUGCCCCUGCUGACCUGGGAGAAGCGGGUCAGAUGAAAAAGAAGACUGAUGCCCCGCCACCCAAACCUACCAGGUUCAGACCCACCCAGACAAAGGCCAAGAAGACCAAGGCUGAGACCAAGCUUGAGUUUUUUGGCUUUGAGGACAAAGAGGACCAGGGGUGCCAGGAGGGUCCUGAGACUGCCAUGGCAGGAAAGAGUAGCUACAAGAUUAAAUACUUUGGCUUUGACGACCUGAGUGAGAGCGACAGCGAUGAUGAGAGCUCUCAGGCCAAAGAGAAGGCCAAGAAGGCGGCUUCUGCCCUAGCAGCGCUGAGCUCGGGUGUGGACAGCCCUCAUACCAGCGACUCUCAGGACAGCCAGGCCAGCAGCAAUACAGAUACUUUUGAUUUUGCUGAUGACUCCAGUCCUGGCGGUACGGAGGGGCAGAAAGGACGCUCAGGAAAACUGGGGGACAAGUCCAAGGAUGGUGGCAGUGGAUUUAAGAAGAUCUUCAGUGGACCCAAAAAGUCACCUGCUAAAGCUGUGUACAACGCUCGCCACUGGAACCAACCUGAGCCGGAAGAGGUACCUGUGCCUCCGCUAUCUCGUUCUCAAACUGCUCCGGCCAUUUUAUCGAGCAGCAGCAAGGACAGCAACUCCCAUAAAGAUGACGGCUUGUUCAAAGCCCCUCCGCCACCGCCCAAAGUCACAAAGUCAGAGACCAUCCCCACGCGACUCAACCAGGAUAUUGUCACGGCUCUGAAAUGCAGAAAGGAGCACAAAGAGCUGUACACUGUGGUGCAGCAUGUGAAGCACUUCAACGAUGUGGUGGAGUUUGGAGAAAAUCAGGAGUUCACCGAUGAUUUUGAGUACCUGGAGACGGGGCUGAAGAGCAGCCAGCCUCUCAACACAAGAUGCCUUAGUAUAAUCAGCCUGGCCACGCGGUGUGCCAUGCCCGGUUUCAGGAUGCACCUGCGGGCUAGAGGGAAAGUUGCGCAGGUCUUCAAAAUGAUCAGUGAUGCUCCACAGCACCCGAACCUUGCUCUGUGUACGGCCGCCCUGAUGUACAUCCUGAGCCGGGAUCGUCUCAACAUGGAUCUGGACAGGGCCUGCCUGGAGCUCAUGAUCAAGCUGCUAGAGCUCGACCAGGACUACUCUGCCCACCAGGACCAGCUUACUGCGAAGGAAGUGGAAAAGGUCAAAGAGAAGAUCAGGAAGCUGUGCGAGACGGUGCACAACAAACACCUUGACCUGGAGAACAUCACGACGGGACAUCUUGCCAUGGAGACGCUGCUCUCUCUAACCUCGAAGAGAGCCGGGGAUUGGUUCAAAGAAGAGCUGCGGCUAUUAGGAGGCUUGGACCAUAUUGUAGACAAAGUUAAAGAGUGCGUGCAGAACCUGAGCCAAGAGGAUGACAAGGAGAACCUCGUAGCGUCUUUAUGGGGGGCUGAGAGGUGUCUGAGAGUGCUUGAAAGUGUGACAGUGCAGAACCCAGAAAACCAGGGUUACUUGAUCGCCUACAAAGACUCGCAACUCAUUGUCUCCUCUGCCAGAGCCCUGCGGUACUGUGAGGAUAUGAUCCAGCGGUACAGCAGGGCAUUAAACAACAGCUCUGUGUCGUUGUCGAGUGCGGCGCUGCCCCACUGCAGCUUCAGCAACGUGGGCAAAGCGGUGGAGGACUGCAUGAGGGCCGUCAUAGGAGUGCUGCUCAACCUCACACAUGAUAACGAGUGGGGAAGCACAAAGACAGGUGAGCAGGAACUGCUCAUAGUAACAGCUUUGCACUGCGUGCUACGAGUUCCACGCUACAUUCCCCAGGAGCAGCGCUUCGAUGUCAGAGUUCUGGGUCUCGGUCUGAUAAUUAACCUUGUGGAGUACAGCUCUAGAAACCGCCACUGUCUGGUGGACAUGGAGUUCAUCGCUGACGACACCUGUCUGGAAGACAGCCUGAUGCUGCCCGCUGACCCGACACAAGCAGACACAGCAGCGUCCGCUUCAACCCCGUCGAGCACAGCUGAAACUCAGGGAGAUACGGCUGAGAAGCCCAAAUCUGUCGGUGCAUUGGCUGCUCUGGUGCAGUUCUUCAUUGAAAGGGAGCGUGCUGCCAUCCUGGCUGAGGCAAAGACUGAUGACCUCAUCAGUGAGGCGCCCAAGCCGGCGCUGGACCAAAGCGGCGAGUGGCAGGAGACGUCAGGAGAGAUCCAGUGGGUGGCAGCCGAACCCAACGACAGCCAAACGGAGAAUAAAGAGAGCGAGAAGAAAGAGGAGGAGGAUGAAGAGUUGGACCUAAAUAAAGCUCUGCAGCACGCAGGCAAGCAUAUGGAGGACAGUAUUGUUGCCUCCUACACCGCUCUGCUGCUGGGUUGCCUCUGCCAGGGCAGCCAGAUAAAUGUGACUACUGUGAGAGAGCAUCUACCUAAAGGGGAUUUCUCCAUCAUGACAGAAAUGCUGAAGAAGUUCUUGAGUUUCAUGAACCUCACGUGUGCGGUGGGCACCACAGGACAGAAGUCCAUCACGCGGGUCAUCGACUACCUGGAGAACUGUUAACAGACAGCCAGACAGCCGACUCACACUGCACAUUAAAGGGAUCCCAGGCUACUCCUAAUGCCCACCCCUUAAAAGACAGGAGCCACAAGAGGGAUCAGGAGGCUCGACAGCAUUCCCAUAACUUCACCAGAUCACCCGAUGCUGUGAUCACUCUGAAUCCUCACCAGACAGAGGUAUCUCUCUGGAGCACAGCCUGAACCAAAGCCCUAGUAGCUCAUGUAAAUGAAGCUUCCUUCAGUUUCACUCAACUCGCGCCACAUUCAGUCAGAUUUGUCCUCAGGUAACUGGGAAUCAGGCAGAGGCCUCAGCUUAAGUUCAAAAUAACCUGUAGAAUGUCAAAUAUCAUCAUGGACUGAAAGCUGUUCCUGAAACAUCCCAAAAGGUUUGAUGGCAACAUGAAACUGAGGAGGAGUCUCAUCUCUUCCUGGUCGCUCAGAUGGAGAGUGAACCUCCCCAAUCAGAUUUUAUGGAUCAUCACAUUUUAAUCUCAGCUCAUCCACGUCAAAGCCAAGGGUGAAAUCAUCGAUUAGCAUGAAAAACAGUCGUCUUCAUGGAUGUUAGAAUGAUGUCUCUCUGUGUAAACUUGUGUAGAAUGAUUUUGAAUGCUUUCAUCCAUUUUCGACUUACAUGUUUGCAGUUGGCUUGAAUGUUUUAAGGGAAAGAAAGCGAUUUUAAACUUUUGAUUUAAUGUUCUCACUGUGCUGGUUUUAGUAAGUCCCGAUGGAAAGAUGUAUAGGCGGUCUUUCAUGUUUUUAGAUAGAUUUUUUUUAAUUUCCUUAAGGGCAUUUUUUUCAUCUGAAUUAUGAAUUACAUUAAAAGAAAUCAGGACAUGACAUGCAUAUUUUAAUUAGAUGUCCAUUAUUCGACUAAAAACAGAAUUUGUGAAUAAUGAUGAAUUAUGGAUUCCCUUUCUAUUCAUUUUUAAUUUGGUCAUUUUUUAGUUUAGAUUAUUUAAAUCUUAAUUAUUCACCAGGAUGAAAUGAAAGUAAAACUCACAGGUAUAACAGAUGUGAUGAUUUACGGCAGAAUAAUGGUGUGCUUCCUUUUGAUUUUUUUUUUAAUAUAUUUAAUUUAAUUAUUUCGUGUAUUUUGAAACUGAUAAGUCUUUCCCCAGUUUUACGUCACGUUGCCUUCAAAUAUAUCUCAUGUGACUCGGCUCAGUGGCUGGACAUAGACGAGAUAUGUGAAAGAAUUGGCUUUGUUAUUACUUCAUCUCGGACUCGUGCAAAUUGUCUCCAAAAUGUGCUGCAUUGAUAAAACUUGAAGCAAUAUUGAGGAUUUCCUGUUGGUGGAAUUAUGUCCAGCCACAUGUAGCUUCAUGUUUUCCCUCUAAUUGUAUCAUGACGUCUGUAUAGGACUCCACACAUUAAGCUCCCAUUUAUUUAUUCUUUUUAGUGUCAUUUCUACCUGGAAAGAUGCCUCCGCCUUGUACUGCUCACACGUACGAUCACUGAUUUGAAUGACAGCCAUACCUGUAUAAGCAGAUUAGUUUUUAUCUGGUUUGUAGGGCUGCAGUCAACAAGACUGCAACUGUGUUUACUGUUAAUUACUUUGCAAAAUUUCUGCUCUGAAUGGUAUUUUAGACUGUAUAUACUCCUGUACAUAGCCGUUAAUGGAAAAUGCUUAGACUACUUUUUUCCCUGGAGCUGAUAUUUUUAUUUUAUACAAUAUUUCUGAGUUGUCAUUUGAUGAAAAUGCAGGAAGAGUGAGAAAAAAAAAGUUUGUACCCGUUUCAAGGACACUGUCUUUGGUUACAUGUAAAUAGUUGUAUCUGAAAAAGACAAAAAAAUUGCUACUUUGAGUACACUCCCUA